UCUAUUCGCGCCAAAAUUUGACAAUGACGUAUAUUGAUGAAAGCCGAAAGUUUAUUAGAAUCUUUUUAAAUCUUUUUUAAUGAGCAAGUUUAAAUAAUAUUUUGCUAAAAAGCCGAACAUUCUUUAUCCAAAUAGUGUUUUGAAUUAUCUGUACAUAGACAGUUGCAUAUAGCCUUAAAAAUGGCAGGACACUAUGAUGAGAAUAUGUUGCCAGAGAUGUUGCCUAUAUACUACACCAGACUUUUUCCACAAAACAUAUUUUGCCGAUGGCUAACAUGCGGCAGUUCACCGCAGCCUCUCUCGAACAGGGAACUAUCUUUUACGUUAGCUGAUGAUGUAUACCUGCGUUACCUAUCGUUUAGUGAUCAGAAAGAGUUACAAACUCUUCUGCAGAAGAAGUGUCCACACAAGUUGGAUAUUGGAGCUGUUUAUAAUACUAAACCUUCGGUAGGUCGUCAUGACGCAGUUGUGUUAUCCAGAGAACUGGUAUUUGAUAUAGAUCUUACAGACUAUGAUGAAGUGAGAACAUGCUGUCAGGAAGCUAAAGUUUGUGCAAAAUGUUGGACAUUUAUGGUCAUUGCCUGUGAGAGCAUUGAUAAAACUUUAAAAGAGGAUUUUGGUUUCCAAAGCAUAUUAUGGGUGUUCUCUGGUAGAAGAGGUAUUCAUUGCUGGGUGUCAGAUUAUGAAGCGAGGACACUGGACAGUCCGGGCCGAGGAGCGGUGGCUGAUUACUUGUGUCUUAUCAUGGGUGGUGACAAUCAAAACAAAAAAGUCCAUUUGGGUGGUGAUAAUCUACAUACAAGUAUAAGGAGAGCAUUGAGUAUCAUUGACAAAUACUUUGAUAAACUGCUGGAGGAACAAGAAUUUUUCAGCACUUCAGAUCGCCUAGAGAAGAUGUUGAAAAUGAUACCAGAUGAAACACUAAGAUCACAAGUACAAAAAGCCUUAGAGAGCAUGCCAGACUCAUCUUCUGAGAGAUGGAAAAAAUUCAUAAGCAUUUAUGAAAAUUACUGUAGAGAAGCAGGAAACAGCAGAAAAAUAAGGUACUUAGUAGAAGAAAUUAAAAUACAGUACUGCUACCCCAGAUUAGACGUCAAUGUAACUAAAGGUUUCAACCACUUGCUGAAAUCACCAUUCAGUAUCCAUCCAAAAACUGGCAAAGUAUCUGUAGUCUUCAAACCAAGCAAUGCAAAGAACAUGAAACUUGAUGAAAUACCUUCAAUAUACAGUUUGUUAGAUGACAGCGCCCCAGACAAUGCUUUACAUGAAACAAAUAUGAAGGCAGCUGUGAAAAACUUCCAAGAAGUUGUAUUUUCUUUGGAGAAAGCAGAGGCAAUUAGGAGAAAGCAAGAUGGUAAUAUGUCUCUAGAUUUCUGAGUGGUUUAUCGCCUGUUUCAAGAAUGUUCCACUGUGCAGGUAGAACCAUCGUUAUUGCAGUUCUUUGCUCAAAUUCCUCUAAAGCGGCAAUUUGCUAAGUAUGCUGUGGCGAAAAUGCUAUUUAACUAAGAGAGCCAGUUUCCUCUAAGUGCCAGUCUAAGGAGUUAAAUAAAACAAUCAUAAUUAUCAAAAUAUCUAUUUAUUUCCCCUUACCAAGCAAUAGCCAGUUUUAUCAAUAACAUUAAUAUAAACAUCAAAGUCGAUGUAUCAAAAAUUCAUUAUUGCUGUAGCAAAAAUAAUUUCACAGGAGGUGGGGUGGGGAUUUAAAUCUUAUAAUUUGUGGUCACAAACUUAAGUUUUAUUUCACACACUAUCUUUGAUGCGGUACCCGUACACUUACAGUGAUAUUGUAAUAGUAUUGUAGCAUCUUUAUGCAAGCUUGUAUGUGCUUGUUUGGUGGUUGUAUUGAUGAAGUGAAGCGUCGUAUGGCCCUAACCAGAAACGCGGCCGAGAAGUUGAAGAAGGUGUGGAGGAAUCGGAACAUAACCAAAGCCACCAAAAUCAGGCUCAUGAGAACGCUCGUAUUCCCCAUCUUCCUUUACGCGGCAGAGACGUGGACAGUGCGUGAGUUGGAAAAGGGGAAGAUAGAUGCUCUGGAGAUGUGGUGCUGGAGGAAGAUGCUCGGCAUAUCGUGGACAGAGUUCCGCACCAAUGUGUCCAUACUUCAGGAGCUCGGCGUCACAAGGCGCCUAUCGACCAUAGUACAGACGCGCAUACUACAAUACUUUGGCCAUGUCUCUAGACGCGAUAACAACUCUAUAGAGCGGCUAGUUGUACAGGGAAAAGUGGAGGGCACCAGAUCGCGCGGCCGAUCACCUAUGCGCUGGACCGAUCAGGUGAAAUCCGCAGUGGGUAGCUGCGUGUCAGACUGUACCAGAGAGUCUGCUAACAGAGAGAGAUGGCGGGAGAUCGUAAAAAAAGCUGUGUCCGCCUCUAAUGUGGACGCCUCAACGUGACCACGACCGCUCUGCCAAGAGCGAAUCGACAGAGAAGAAGAGUUAUGCAAGCAGUUAUAGCGAUAAUAAUCUUUUGUCAAUUCAUUUAAAUCUACUCUUUUAUAGGCAAGCUUAUUAUUUAUGCAGGUACUGAGUUUCUUUUAUUCGAUAUACCUACAUACUUUUGCAUAGGCAAUAGGCAUUAUAAAUAAGCU